AUGGAAAGUCAAGUCGUCGUUACCUGUCCGUUCUUCAAGGAACACAAAGUGAGGGUCUCUCGCUUUCACAACCACUUUCACAAAUGCAAGUUGCGGCACACCGGCAAGCCGAUCGGAAUCUGUAAAUACGGUUGUCUGACCUGCGGAGAGUACGAGGAGUUGAGGGAGCACGAGGAGAAUUGCCUGUGGAGGCCGGACACCACACCGCCUAAAAUGCAUGGGAAUUUGAAAGUUCCAAGGUACGUGGAAACUCCACAUUCGUCCGACGAAGACUGGGACUCGGAACCCGAUAUACGCGAGCGAAUUUUGACUCUUGACAACCCGAUUUACAUUAGGGUACGGAGUGAAGAUUGA